AUGAUGAAUCAGAACAGUACGCAAAGCCAUGCCCCAGAACGAUGCAAGAUUCCAGAACUCAGAUUGACUUCCUCAACAAGAUCCUCAAGCGAACGAAGAAACAGCGGUAUCUCAGAGCCCACUGAGCCUCUCCCAUGGAACCACGCACACGUCCUUGGCAUGCGAUUACGACACGCCGAAUUACAAACCGCUGUACAGUCGUGGAUACUCAACGAGCUAGGUAUGGCCAUGUACCAGCUAUACCAGGAAUUCCAGCCUCGGAUGCCCACCAGCACGCAACCGCCACAAAUGCACCAGCAGAUGCAAACCCUGCUCAACUCUCUCUGGGACGCUGUGCCGGAUCUUACCUUGCGUGAAUCGAUGAGGGAAAGGGCAGAACACGCGUUGGCGCAGAAAGGAUUGGCAGAGCGCGGAUUUGAUGUGCAGCAUCCUCCGUUUUAUCGACCUUAUGUGCCGGCGACGACGAUGGGCAUGGAACCUUUCCAGCUGCGAUGCGAAGAUGUUCAGACUGCUCCGGAAGAGCCCUGCUCGAUCGAGAUUCAUAAGCAGGGGCACUCGCAGCCUAUCGUCAGGCUACCACAGCCGGAUGAAAAGAAGUAUGGGCUCGGAGAGAAUGGGCCCAGGAUGGCUACUGCAGAAACGCCUGGGACUGAAUACCAACUGGUGAAUGGGGCCUGUCAUAUUUUGUCAGCAGAUGUCGAAUGCUGCGUGGAUGUGUCUUGCAAGCAGCAGGAAGGUAUGACGGCCGACAUGGAUGGGUAG